CUUUUGCGAAUACAUAAUAAAUUUACUUGUAUAGCAAGUAGGAAGUUUAAACAUAAAAUUCUCAGUGAACUGCAUAGAACUGUUAGUUGAAAUUUAAAAUUAAAAAAAGUAAAUAAAUAAUUUUAUAAUACGAGAGUUCUUGACCUGCUUUUCUCAACAUUGGAUUGCAUCAACCACUAGAAGAAGAUAAUUAUUUAAACUAAGCACAAAACAACAAAGAUUUUCAGAAGAAAACACCUUGCAGAUACCUAUACUGUUUAAAUGUAAAAAUAGAAGAUGAGGCAUAAAAAUUCUGCUAUUAACGAAGUAAUAAGUGCUGAAAAGUUUGUAGACCAACUUUUAGAAGAAGGUUCAAAAAUCAGUUUCAAGGAAUCAAAUUUCUCCGACAAACAUGUACUUCCACCGUUUUAUGAUGAAGAACUUUACAAAAAAGGUCAAGAAUUCUUCUAUAAGCACAUCUGGGCAAUGUUUGCCGCUAAAUUUCACGGACUUUUGGCAGUUAUAGCUAUACCUACAGUGUUGAAGAUUUUAAUAUUUACUCAAAAAUCGGGUAAUAAUUAUUCGGCGUAUGUAAGAUACAUGUCGACGAUUUUCCAUAUGAUUGUGUGGUACCGAGAAGAUUUUAAACCAGGCUCCAAUUUAUGGAAAUCGCUAGCUGAAGUGAACAAUAAGCAUAGCUAUGCGAGCAAAAAAAGCUGCAGCGCAGGUCUCAAUAAAAUCUCCCAAAAGGACAUGGCCUUAACACAAUUUGGAUUUAUGGGGUUUCCAUUAUGUAGACCGGAACAGAUUGGCAUCUAUCAUGCCACGGAAGAAGAAUUGCAGGCUUUUACCCAUGUUUGGAGGGUUGUUGGAUAUUUUAUGGGAAUAGAAGACAGGUUUAAUAUCUGUAGUGGUUCUGUAGAAGAAACUAGAGAAAUUUGCAACUUAUUAAUAGACAAAUGUUUCUAUCCAGCGAUAUCCCAAAGAAAUCCAGAUUUUAUGAAAAUGUCUAGUCACUUGUGCGGAGGGUUAUGGUGUAUGAAUCCAUUUUUAAUCCACAAAGUUAUCAUGAAUUACUUGUACGAUCUACUGCAAAAACCAACCAAUGUUAACAAUAAUAAUAACAAUACUAGUCUUGUCAAAUUACCAUAUUUUAAGUUAAAUAUUAUUCACACUAUGUGUUAUUACUUGCUUGCAAUCGCUUUGUAUUCUACUAGAUAUAGUAUUUUUAGGCAAAUUUUUAAUUCUUUACACCAUCUAACUAUAUGGUUAAUGGAAACCUGUCCCUUUUUGGCAUAUUAUAGUUUCGGAAACACGCCUAAUACUAUUGUAAAAUUAAAACUUUAAACAAACAAAUAAAUCGUUUUAUUCAGCCUGCAGCCUUCGAGGCCAGCAUUCGACUGUGUAGUGUGUACUGUGCUUUUACCAAAGUUAUAAAGUGUGUUUCAAUAUGAGCGC